AUGUCGGCGACAACGACGGAUAGUCUCCCUCUGGUCAGGUUACCAGAACCUUGGAAAACAACAUAUCAGAUUUUUGUGUCGCAGUAUACGGAGCCUGUUCCGUUACUGAAGCUCACUCUCUCUCACAAACAAUUAUCAGGUUCCAGAUUACCACCAGAACCACUUCAUCUCGAGUCACUAAGGUUCAGUGACCUUUUCACCAACUCGACCGUUUUCACUCCCACGCCUGGUGACAACUCUCCUUGGGCUCGCUUUCACCAAUCUCCUAUUUCUUGCGUCUCAUGGAACGAAGCUGAUGUGCCGAGUAUUGGAAACAUAUGGAAUCUGACCUACGCUAUCGUAACCCUAUAUCCGGAGUUAGAGGACUUCCGUCUGGAGCUCUCUGGAAAUGGCAAUGCAGCAUUGACUGAAGUUUUGUUAGCUACUGGCUUGGGUAGACCACCACCACCACCAACACGCCCUGAGCACUCAACUUUGUCAAGUUCCAAGACUCCUCAGGUCUGGAUAUCUCGCUCAGCAUUCUGGCAAGGAGCAGCAUCACCAUUUGGCACUCGCCCUGUAUGGGUCGUGCAUCCAGAGUUGUUUGGACACCUUUCCAAGCCAUUGAAAUCCAGUCCGCCAUUUCCCUGUCAUUAUACUGUGACAUCCUCUCUCGAGGGACGGCCUGUAUAUGCACAGCAUCCACUAAGACCACCCAAGCCAGCACGCAGUGCCGUAAUUUACAGCCGCUACAUUCCCCAUCUCGAUGAGUUCUUUUCCAUGGUGCACCUUGACUGGAGAAAUGAAGAACACCUCCGAUUGUUCCACCAAUGGCAGAACGACCCUCGCGUGGCUGCCGGCUGGAAUGAAAUAGGUACACUGGAGCAGCAUCGCGAGUAUUUGCGCAAGAUCGACGAGGAUCCACAUCAAAUGGCUAUCCUGGCUAAGUUCAACGAUACCUAUUUUGCAUACUUUGAGAUCUACUGGGCAAAGGAGGACCACAUGGGCAUCUAUCUAUCUCCACGAGCCGGUGAUUGGGACAGAGGUCGACAUUCUCUCGUUGGUGAUGUCCGAUUCCGAGGCCCUCAAAGAGCCUCAGCUUGGUGGUCUAGUCUGAUCCAUUAUCUGUUCCUCGAUGACCCGAGGACCAUGACUGUGGUUGGGGAGCCAAAAUGCACCAACGCCAAUGUCCUUGCAUACGACAUGGCCAACGGGUUUCACAUUCAAAAGUUAGCCGACCUACCCCACAAGCGUUCAGCAAUUGUGAGAUGCGAACGGAUUCGGUUUUUCCAAGUCGUAGGAUUCGGCUUACCAACCUCAGCGGCGCAGAGCAAGGAUGGAAAAUCCAACGAUACUGGUGCAGUAGAAGAUCCUCCUGCAUCGAAUCAGAGUAGUGGAUUGUUCGCAAAACUUUGA